GUUCUGAGUUACGUCCGUACGGAAUGGGAUCCACUCGAUGCUAGCUUCAGCACUAAUCAGCCUUAUCAGGUUUACACAGUAGAGCACUCCAUCUCCACAGACAAAGAGCCCAUGGCCGACAGCUGCGUCUACAAGUGCAGUAGGAACAAAAUUCAGUGCAUGGCUGUCACCAGAAUACCACUGCGAUCCAAGGCCAUCAGCUGUUGCAGAGAUGUUACAGAAGACAAACUAGUCUUGGGGUGUGAAGAUUCGUCAAUAAUUCUGUAUGAAGCCUACAACCAAGUGACUCUGUUAGCCCAAGCAGAACUGCUGCCUGCUUUAAUAACCUACCACCCUUCCGGAGCCAUAUUCAUGGUUGGCAGCUCUCAAGGGGAGUUGCAAGUUUUUGACACAGCACUGUCCCCAAUUAAAAUUCAACUCUUGGCACAAGACUAUUCACCUGAGGCAACUCUGCAACUCAGUAAACACUUUGAGGUGCCUAGCAGCCUCGUCCAGAUCCAGUGGGCUGCUCCUCAGGUUGUGUCUGCCAGCACUGACGGCACGGGUAUUCAUGACCUUUUGUUGGUUAGAUUCGACAAAGGACCCUUAGGAGUACUUCACUUUAAACUGGGUGUGAUCACAAGAGGACAGCUGGGCCUUGUGGAAAUCAUCCACCAGUACAUUCGUUAUGAUGAGAUACAUGAGGCAAUUAGUGUCCUGAACACCAUGAACUGGAACACGAUGGGUCGUCAGUGCUAUAUAUGCUUGAGCGCCAUUGUCAAUCACCUUCUUAAACAAAAGCUUACACCAGACAGAGAAGCACAGCUUGAGGCAAGCCUUGGAACCUUCUAUGCUCCAACAAGACCCCUCUUGGAUACCACCGUGCUGGAGUACAGGGACCCAAUCAGCAGAUAUGCAAGAAGGUUCUUCCACCACCUGCUCAGGUAUCAGAGAUUUGAGAAAGCGUUUCUGCUAGCUGUUGACAUCGGUGCUCGGGACCUGUUUAUGGACAUCCAUUACCUUGCACUAGAUAAGGGUGAAUUGGCACUGGCUGAAGUGGCAAAGAAAAAGGCUAAUGACAUUGAUGCCGAAUCAAUAACUACUAGAAUUGUCAUUUCCUUUGCUAAUGUUCUUACUGCUGAAAAUCCCCCCCGGAGAUAUCCAAACAGGCCUGAAGUGCACCAGGUGAAGAGCAGGUUCUGGGGCCGUCGCAGAGACCUUGCCGAACAACCCCAGGACUUGAUCUUACGCCACCGGGAAGCGUUGCUGCUCGUGAACCGUCGGGAGCCUUACGGGAGCUCACCCUCUGACUGCGCCGCCUAA